UUUCCGCAUUCCGCAAAGAGCUGUCAGCAGACGCGUAAAUUGAAGAGGGGGGACUGUCGCGUCUGUGAAGAAACCUCCUCAGUCAUACCCAGGGGAAUAACGGUCCACCGCCAGGGCGACGGGAUGCCUUACAUACUCAUCAGUACGCAGAUCCGACUGGAAAAUGGUCCAACAAACGUGGGAGAUGAAUUCUCUGAUCCAGCUGUCAUGAAUUACCUGGGAGCCAGGAAAACAACCAUGCUGGGAAACAAUUUUUCUGAGUACCAUGUGGACGACCCACCACGCCUGGUGCUGGACAAGCUGGAGAAGAUCGGCUUCCGCGUGAUGACAAUGACAGGGGUGGGACAGACGCUGGUGUGGUGCCUCCACAAGGAGACGGAGUGAUCAAUUGUUUUUUACUUUGGUUCUCUGCUGUACAUUUGACACACUGCCAGCUACAUAUUCAGGCUUCUGUCAAGUGAACAUGAAGUUCUAAAAUUGAGAAUAUCCCAGACAUAAAGUUUCAGAUUAUCUUGAAUGAGGGAUACUUCAGGGGAAUACCAAACUAGAUUCCAUACAUUUUAUAGGACUCUUUGCCCAUAUUGUUUGCUAUUUACUACUGGUGACCAAUUUUAAGUUUGCGAGUGAGGGCCAGUUUUACAGUCAAUGUCAUUUGGCAGUAGAACUUAAUUAAAGGCAUGACUGUAAAGUCAUCCCGUGCAAAAGGCCUCACCCAGUUCUCUCUUUUUCCUAAGUAAAUAAAACACUGCUAGAUAUGUUUGUACUUACAGCACUGUGCAAAGAUGUUUUUGUAAGUCUAUCAUAUGCUUAUGAUUAAAUGAUGUAAUGAUA